UGAGCAGCUCUUGUGUCGUCUCUUUCAAUUCCAGCGUCCCAUCCAUUAACCUGAGCAGCUGCAAGUACGAGAGCGGUAAGUCCGAGGAUGUGGCCCCUUGGAUGGAGCCCGCCCGCAGCGAGCCGUGCAGGUGGCUGUUCAGCUGGCGAGUGCGUCGUGCCGCACUGUGCUGCGGGCUGAAAGAAGUGGGAGAAAACGAGGACUGGACGGUGUACUGGACUGACUAUUCAGUCUCUCUGGAACGUGUCAUGGAAAUGAAACGGUUUCAGAAAAUCAACCAUUUUCCUGGCAUGAUAGAGAUCUGCCGUAAGGAUCUGUUGGCUCGCAACCUUAACCGCAUGCUCAAACUCUUCCCCAAGGAGUACAAUAUUUUUCCCCGUACGUGGAGCCUGCCAGCUGACUACGGAGACUUUCAGGCCUACAGGCGCAGGAGGAAGAACAGAACAUUCAUCUGCAAGCCAGACAGCGGCUGCCAAGGUCGAGGUAUCUUCAUAACACGUAAUCCAGAAGAGAUCAAACACGGAGAGCACAUGAUCUGUCAGCAGUAUAUCUCUAAGCCUUUCCUUAUUGAUGGCUUUAAGUUUGACAUGCGUAUCUAUGUGCUGGUCACAUCUUGUGACCCACUGAGGAUUUUUGUCUACAAGGAGGGUCUGGCCCGGUUUGCCACCAUGAGGUACAUCGAUCCCAGAAGGAGAAACCUGGGUGAUACCUGCAUGCAUUUGACCAAUUAUGCUAUCAACAAACGUAAUGCAAACUUUGUCCAGGAUGACACGAUGGGCAGUAAGAGGAAACUCUCCACCCUGAAUGCCUGGAUGGUGGAUAACAGCUACAACACAACAAAACUCUGGGAAGAUAUUGAAGAUAUAAUUAUAAAGACUCUUAUUUCAGCUCACCCUGUGGUGAAGCACAAUUACCAAAGCUGCUUUCCUAACCACACUACCAGCUGUGCCUGUUUUGAGAUACUGGGUUUUGAUAUUUUGCUAGACAGAAAUCUGAAACCUUGGCUACUAGAGGUGAACCACUCUCCCAGCUUCACCACAGAUUCUCACCUGGACCACGAGGUGAAGGAUGCUCUUCUCUUUGACACCAUCAACUUGAUAAAUGUGCAUGCCUGUAACAAAAGGAAAGCGAUGGAGGAAGACAAACAGCAGGCAAAGGAACGACUCCUCCAGGCUCAUCGGUCUCCUCACGUAUCCAGACAUGAGGAGUCAGAGAGCAGCCAGGCAGCCUGGCUCUCUGAGGCAGAGGACUAUGAGAACUCUCACCUGGGCAGCUACCGGCGCAUUUACCCAGCGUGUGGAACUGACAAGUAUGAGCCAUUCUUCAAGCAGAGCAGCUCCCUCUUCAAGGAGACUGCAUCAUCCAAAGCACGAGAGGAGUGUACCAGGCAACACCUGGAAGAAAUUCGCAUGAAGAAAGAAAAGUUAGAAGCUGUUAACAGCAAGAAGAAAAAAGAGAGAAAGGAAGGGCUGCAGGGAGAGUCACCCACAGACAAAUCCAUGAUCCAUAACAAAACCUCAGCUUCUGCAACCCACUUCACCUACAGAAGCACAAAGAUGUGGGAUAAAAAGAUAGAGCAUGUGCAGUAUGACUCCAUGCAGCCUCAGGAUAUUCUGGAAAAUGAGGAGAAGAAAAGAGUGAAUGCUCUUGCAAGGCGUAAGAACCUUAUCCAAGGCCUGGGCAUCGUAGAUCAGCUCUCCCAGCUGCUUCCCACUGCUGAGAGUUCCUCUGACAACCACAGACCCUGCACUGUUACCUCUGAGAUCCAGACGCAGUUUCUUUGGGACACACUGCAGGCACGGCAGCCUGCCCCCUUGAUGGCCAUCAUCCCCCUCUCAUUCCCAAGAGGCACCGUGCGGCCUUCAGGACAGCCGUGUGCUCGUAAGCACAGCACCAGGGCACAGCUGCUGUCUGGCCAGCACCCUGCCCUGGGCAGCCUCUUGGUUCGAGGGCAGAGCAUCCCUUCCCAAGAACAGCACACAGCGCAGUGCAGCGCCCAGCCCCAGGACAGGGGCUACUCGAGGAGCCGGGCUGCAGAGCCAGCAGCAGCUACCCAGCCCUGCGCUGAAACCAGGGGAAGGCCGGUGAGCGCCUGGCAGCGCUCUGCAGCCAGAAACAAGGCGGAAGGAUGUGAGUGUGCGUUGUCUCGCUUUGGUUCUGCCUUUGCGUGCUUUUUGUGCAGAGCCAUGGGCAGACGUGGAAGUUCUGAUGCGCUGGGGUGACAUCGGGCGGCCGCUCUGCGCAGGCAGUGCUCACCGCGGUUCGUCGGGAUGCCCGGCCCGUGCAGGCAAGGC